AUGACGCUUACGAAAAUGGAGGUGGACUCCGCCAAGGGCGAAGGAUUUCGGCCUUACUACACAACAAAGAUUGAAGAGUUACAACUGAUUGUCGCCGAAAAAUCUCAAAACCUCCGUCGUCUUCAGGCGCAGCGAAAUGAACUUAAUGCAAAAGUACGUAUGUUACGUGAAGAACUACAGCUUCUUCAAGAGCAGGGCUCAUACGUUGGUGAAGUCGUGAAACCAAUGGACAAAAAGAAAGUGCUCGUUAAAGUCCAUCCAGAAGGCAAGUUCGUAGUAGAUUUGGAUAAAAAUGUUGACAUCAACGAUGUCACUGCUAACUGUCGUGUAGCACUUCGUAAUGAAAGUUAUACUCUACAUAAGAUAUUGCCUAACAAAGUGGACCCAUUGGUAUCUCUUAUGAUGGUAGAGAAAGUCCCAGAUUCUACAUAUGAGAUGGUGGGAGGUUUAGAUAAACAAAUCAAGGAAAUUAAAGAGGUUAUUGAGCUGCCUGUGAAACAUCCUGAGCUUUUUGAUGCCUUGGGUAUUGCUCAACCUAAGGGAGUACUUUUAUAUGGGCCUCCAGGAACUGGUAAAACUUUAUUAGCUCGUGCUGUAGCACAUCACACUGAAUGUACUUUCAUUAGAGUUUCUGGAUCUGAAUUGGUUCAGAAAUUUAUUGGUGAAGGAAGCAGAAUGGUCCGAGAGCUUUUUGUUAUGGCUAGAGAACAUGCUCCAUCUAUUAUAUUCAUGGAUGAAAUUGAUUCUAUUGGUUCUUCUCGUAUUGAAUCUGGUAGUGGUGGUGAUUCUGAAGUUCAGAGAACUAUGUUGGAACUUCUCAAUCAGCUUGAUGGAUUCGAGGCCACUAAAAACAUCAAAGUCAUCAUGGCUACUAACAGAAUCGAUAUCCUUGACCCUGCAUUAUUGAGACCAGGCCGUAUUGACAGGAAGAUUGAGUUCCCCCCACCAAAUGAGGAAGCUCGCUUGGAUAUCCUUAAAAUCCAUUCUCGUAAAAUGAAUCUUACGAGAGGUAUUAAUCUAAGAAAGAUAGCAGAACUCAUGCCUGGAGCAUCAGGUGCCGAAGUCAAGGGUGUAUGUACUGAAGCUGGUAUGUAUGCUCUUAGGGAGCGCAGAGUUCAUGUCACUCAGGAAGACUUUGAAAUGGCUGUGGCUAAGGUCAUGCAGAAGGAUUCGGAAAAGAACAUGUCCAUCAAGAAAUUGUGGAAG